AAUGGAGUGUGAAUAAAGGGACAUAGUGGUCUCUGACCUGAUAAAUGAAAUACCCUCAUUUACUGUACAUAAAUUGAAAAAAAAAAUUAACUAUAAUUUUGAGUUAUUUAUUAAAUCAUUUAAAGUUAUUUAAUAAAGCUGUAAGCUGUGGUGUGCAAUACAGUGAUUUUACCCUGAAUAUAAAACCCACUUAAUCAACCUCGAGAAGCAUAUUGCUUAUUUAAAAUAAAAUCAAUAUGAUAAAAGACAUGGAAUGAGAAUGGAAUAAACUGUUCUUCCAUGAAGUAAUGUAGUUUUUAUGGACACAUCUACACAAAUCUGUUUUCGUUGAAGAUAAUUUUUCAGUUUCCUAAAUCCUAAUAUCUCCGUUUCCAAAGUAUGCGGUAAUUGAAAGUGUUUUCUAAAUGCUUAGUUUUCGGUGGAGGAAAACACCGAUCCAGUUUGGAUGAGAAGCGUAAGCAUAGGGAAAUAUAUGCAUUUUCAAACAAAAAUGUAUUAGGCCACGUCCACGCUAAUCAUUUUAAGUAUGAAACCUUAGUUUUCAGUUUCCUAACGUCAUUGUUUUCUAAAGUAUGCGGUAAUGGAGAUCGCUUUCGUUGUCGUUCUAGUGUGGAUGAGAGGCGUAAACAUAGUGAAAUUUAUAGGUUUUCAAAAGAAAGCGUAUCAUUGUGGACAUGGCCUAAACUGGAGUUGGAAAUAUUAUAAGUUACGAGCACUUGAAUGACCAAGCGAAGUCGUAUUUUCUAGGGGGAAACUCUGAAUUCUAGAUUUUACCCGAAUCGCUGACUUAUGAUGUUGGAAGCAGCUUGUCGACAUGAAAGAUGAUGGAAAGCAAUGAUUUAGCAAAAUCAUUUUAUUUCAGUGCUUUAUUUCAAUAAUGUUAAUUUGUUUUGUAUAGAUUAUCCAACCAUCUUCUAUAGCCGCUUGUCUAAUGUAGGGUCACAGGUAGUGCUGGAGCCUACCCCAGCUAUCUCAGGCCAAAGACAGGUGGCCAGUCCAUCACAGGGCAACACACACAGACAUACACAUUCACACUCUCUCUCUCUCACUAACGGGCAAUUUAGGGUCUCCAAUUAACUUAACCUGCAUGUCUUUUUGGACUGUGGGGGAAACCGGAGCACCCAGAGGAAACCCACAUGAACAUGGGGAGAACAUGCAAACACCACAAAGGCCCCAUAGAGCUGGGAAUCAAACAUGGGACCUUCUUGCUGUGAGCUUGCAGGAACAGGUGUUUUGGCUGUUGGUCUCUGGCUGCGUUUCGAUGAAAGAACUAAAGGACUUUUCAAUGUAGAAGGUUCUCCGUCUGUGUUCUUCACAGGGGUUUACAUCCUCAUUGUGGCAGGUGCCAUCAUGAUGGUGGUUGGGUUCCUCGGCUGCUGUGGAGCAAUAAGAGAGUCAGCAUGCAUGCUGGGGCUGUUCUUCAUGUUCCUGUUGAUCAUUUUUGCUGCAGAGGUGGCUGCUGGAAUCUGGGGAUUGUCCAAUCAGGACAAGAUCAUUUCAGACGUCCAACAGUUCUACACGCAGACAUUCAACACCUACAAAGGCACUAAGCAGGAAGCAUUGAGAGAAACUCUGCGAUUGAUUCAGUACGGAUUGAAGUGCUGUGGACCAACAGGAACGGCCUUUGAUGGAGCUACUGAAACCUGUCCGAAAAAGGAAGGAUUUGAAUUGCUUGUCACUACGAGCUGCCCAUAUGCCAUUAAGGAAGUCUUUACCUCAAGGCUUCACAUCAUUGGAGGAGUCGGGAUUGGUAUUGGGGUGAUCAUGAUCUUCGGUAUGAUCUUCAGCAUGCUGCUGUGCUGUGCUAUCCGACGAACUCAGAACAUUGUAUGAGCUGUCAUUACCACAACAGCCUGUUUUCUGCUAUGUAUUUAUCUGUUUGUGAAUGUAUAUGUGAGUCACACUCCUUUUGUCUUCUAACAAAGCCCAACAUUAAACAACCAUCCUAAAACUGUUACAGGCAGGGCAUAUACUGGGCAAAAAAUGAAUUGCUCUUAAAUACCUACAUGUAAAUGGCCUUGUCAAGUCAAUUUUAAUUUCUUUGGUGUUUCAAUUUAUACAUUUCACAUUUAUAUUUGCCUGUUUGAAUGUACGUGCAAGCUUCUGUCAUUUUUCUCUUUAUUUUUUGUACCAUUUUAUUAUGAAAAAGCUUAUUUUAUGAAUGUGUUUAUAAUUUUCUCUAUGUACCACCGUCAGUGUAUGGACAGGGAGUUACACAUUGAAAUUACAAUAAAGUAAUCAAUAACCAG